AUGACAUCCAUUGAAAAAAAUGGUGAAAUUGCUGCUAAUCGCCAAUAUGCCGGUGUUUGCUUUGAUUUUAAACUAAAACUUGAGCUCGAGUUAAAUCGGUUACGUAUUGAAUUAGAGAAUACUGAAUUGUACCGAUUAGAUUUAGAAAAUAAACGAUGUGAAGUAUUAUCAGAUGGUUUUAUUCAAACAGCGGAACAACUAUUUGAAUUAUUAAAAGAUUUAUCAGAGCACAAUUAUGAAAUUCGAGAAGAAAAAAUCAUAAAAACAUUACAAACUCAACCCUAUCACGGAAAAGUUCAAUUAAAUAUUGACAUCACAAUAUUAUUUGGUGAAGCUCCACCACGUCAAUGGCAUUUUACUUUGAAUCUUAAUAAAAUUCAAUUAGAUGCUGCAAAACCUCAUUCAAAAGCACAAAAUUUGAGAGUAAUGAUUGAUGUUUUACCUUAUACGUUCAUUUUUGAUCCAAUUCAUACGGCGUUAUUGUCAAUCGAUAUGCAACGAGAAUUUAUUGAGUCAAAAGGUUUUGGAUCAGCUAUACUAGGCAAUGAUUCAAGUCAUUUGCGUCAAGUUUUACCAACGGUUGCGUUACUUCUCGAAUGGGCACGUGAGAUUGGCCUUGUGGUGAUUCAUACACGUGAAUCUCAUUUACCCGAUUUAUCAGAUUGUCCCAUGACAAAAAGAAAGCGUGGACGAACAAGAAUGAGUAUCGGUGAUGCAGGUCCACUAGGACGAAUUCUUGUACGUGGUGAACCGGGUCAAGCAAUCGUAGCGGACGUUGCUCCAUUGCCGACUGAAUUUGUCAUUGAUAAACCGGGUAAAGGCGCCUUUUACAAUACAAAUUUGGCUAAAUUACUAGAAGAAAAAGAAAUACAUCGCCUCAUUGUUUGCGGUGUAACAACCGACGGGUGUGUACAAACGACACUGAGAGAAGCGAAUGACCGAGGAUAUGAGUGUCUUUUAGUUGAGGAUGCAACUGCUAGUUAUACUCCAGAAUUUAAAGAAAUUACGCUUGAAAUGUUACGUUCACAAGGAGGAAUUGUCUGUUGGACAGCACCACUCAACUCGUUACCUCGUCCUCAAAAAGAGGAGUGA